GGUUGAUUCAGUUUAUCGCCAACCUUAAAACAUGUCAUCGUUUACGUGUCUUUUACAACAUGAUUUUCACCCACACUGAUAACAAGUUUCCCUUAAUUGUCCAAAUGGAAACUCCCUGCGUCACAUCCUGUCAGCUGUCGCUUCCGGAUGCGGUGAAACAGCGGAGAAGUAGGAAAACACCGCACUUACAUGGAUUCAUUUAAAUGACGAGACGCUGCCCGUAAAGUCAAGAGGAGACGCCAACGACGUUCUUGGAUUCAUGGAGACAAAUACACACGCUGGAGUCUGUGUUUUAACGGGGCUUUUUUGCGUCGUAUAUCCGCGAAUGUGCGUUGUUUUUACUGAGUAGCCGUGUUUAUGUCUUCUUGCUAGCUUAAGCCAGCGCAGAGCUAGCUGGUACGCGCAGACAAGUAGCUCCUAUCUCCGGUCAAAUGCAACUUGUCACCGGCGUUAUUCUUUAUAUAUCGCUCAUUCUUACAGGAGGGAACAAUAUAGUAGGUGUUUAAUUGCAGCUGAGAAGGGGUUCAGAGUUUUCUUUGGUUAUUUAGAGGUGAAGAUUGCUUUGGAAACGCUUCUUCUUCACUGUCAACACAAGUAAAAAAAACUGAAGAAACUAAUUCCGUUUUAUUAAAAUAUCCAAGGCACGUUUUGGGGAAAAGCAUAUCGUUUUAAAUUACUCGUUUAUCUCUCAACAAGUGGACAAAAUGGAUGUGAUCUGGACUUCAGGCACCACACAGAAAACCAAGCACAUACUUUCACAACUUAUUUUUAGCUUACACUAAGCCCUUCAGAUCAACAGUGAAGGAUGAAUGGCCUCUCUCUCAGUGAGCUCUGCUGCCUGUUCUGCUGCCCACCCUGCCCCAGCCGCAUUGCAGCCAAGCUCGCCUUCCUGCCCCCCGAGCCCACAUACACCUUCCUCCCAGACCCGGAGGCAGGCCCCAAUGUGCCAGGGGGAACAGGAACUUCCAACCUGCGGACGCGCAGCGGCGCAUCAGUCGCCGGAGGCGCAGGGGCCGGGGCUGUGGAGGGAAGAUGGAAGCUCCACCUGACAGAGCGAGCAGAGUUUCAGUACUCCCAGAGAGAGCUGGACACAACCGAGGUGUUCCUCACUCGAUCCAACCGAGGGAACAGAGUCGGCUGCAUGUAUAUUCGCUGUGUUCCGAAUGCCAGGUUUACAGUGCUUUUCUCCCACGGUAAUGCAGUCGACCUGGGCCAGAUGAGCAGUUUCUACAUCGGCCUCGGCACUCGCAUCAACUGCAACAUCUUUUCCUACGACUACUCAGGAUACGGUGUCAGCACUGGCAAGCCCACUGAGAAGAAUCUCUAUGCAGACAUAGAUGCUGCUUGGCACGCCCUGCGCACCCGGUAUGGCAUCAGCCCAGAGAACAUCAUCCUGUAUGGACAGAGCAUUGGUACAGUUCCCACUGUAGACCUGGCAUCACGGUAUGAGUGCGCUGCUGUGGUCCUUCACUCACCUUUAACAUCAGGCAUGAGAGUGGCCUUUCCUGACACGAAGAAAACCUACUGCUUCGACGCUUUCCCCAACAUUGAGAAAGUGUCCAAAAUCACGUCUCCGGUGCUCAUCAUCCACGGGACGGAGGACGAGGUCAUCGACUUCUCGCACGGCUUGGCUCUGUUCGAGCGCUGCCCCAAAGCCGUGGAGCCCCUCUGGGUGGAAGGAGCGGGACACAACGACAUCGAAUUGUACAGCCAGUAUCUGGAACGCCUGCGCCGCUUCAUAGGACAGGAGUUGGCAGCACAGCACGCCUGACCUUCACAUUUUUACAGCUAGCAUCGGCAUCAGCAUCAUUAUUACCGAGCCUCGACUCUCUGUGUCCAGAACAGAAACCUCUCCGAGAUUAAUCUUUACCCUUCCCCAACCUACCUUUUGCUCUAAGGUCUUCGGGGGGGAACAUUUUGCCUUGAAUGGACCCUGACGAAAAGGGGCUGUGUGUUCAUGAACAUCAGAUGUGCGUUAGUGUGAAAGACUUUUGUCACACACUGCAUUCAGACUGUUGUUUAGACAGCAAAUAUAUUCCUAUACUGUGCAAUAAUAAGGACAUUGUCCACAGGAAAAGGUCUUGUGUUGAAAUUGAAUGAAAAGGAGAUUGAACAGAACAACAAACUGAUAAUUUAGUCAUGUAGGUUGAUUACAGUGUGGUCCAGACAGCAAGUUUUUUCCAGCCUACUCGUGUGUUUCAGUUCAUUCCUGCUGUUCAAUCCAUGAUUAAUGGAUAAUGAUGAGUGCACAUGAAGCUCAUGAAUUAUUAGAGGACUCUCUUAUAUAUGUUGGGGAAUAUUUUGGUUUUCUAAUAACCUUUAAAAAAAAAAAAAAAAAUGGCAACCAUGUUCUCCACAUUGAGUCACCAGUUUUUCUUAGACACACUUGUACAAUCUAAUGCAACCCAGUACUAAAGUGUUUUAUGAAGCUUAUAAAGUUCAAUAAAUCAAUUAUAUGAUGAUUUUCUAGUAAGUGGUAGUUGUGUAUCGGACUGCAUUAUAUUCAGAAUUAUUUCUAAUAUGUAUGUAAAAGGAAUGGAUAAAACUGGUGAAAAAUGAAAAUGACACACACAUAGAGAUGACUUUAAAUUUUCUGUUGUUCAUUUUGUUCUUUACUGUACUGAACAUUUUGCUCAGGUAACCCUGUAAGACAUUAGGGUCAGUGUGUUCCACACUUGUGUCUUUUUUUGUUUUGUAUGCAUUUAACUAAAUCUCCUCAGAUCCUUUGAGAUUUCUCCUUUUUAAGAUUGAAACAUCCAGUGUGAGAGCUUGUUUUUUAAUCUUUGAUUUUUAACCAGGUCAUGAAUCAAACUAUGACCCCGAAACUGAGGUACGGACCGAACCUUGUGUUUGGUGAGCCGUUACACAUCUAGGUUUUUACUUUAGUUUGAACUGAGUGUCCAUACCGUCUUCAGUCUGUGCCGCAGUGAUGGAGCGGGACUAGCUGCGUUUAAAAAAAAAAAAAGGAGCAACGUUUUAAGAGCCUGAAAAAAGAAAAUACGUCCUGCUCCGUCACUUAGUGGAAUGUCUGAGAGUGUUUUCGCCCCGUCUCUUUUGUUUUAGUCUUGUUCGUCGUGUUUAUGUCUCGCACCAGUGGGUCACAGCUGUCAGGGAAGCUCCUAUUUCCCUCAGUGUCUGGAACAACAACACUAAAAUUAAACAGGCUUUGGUUUUCUACCUCCAGCCUGUUUUUAUUUCUCUCUGUCUGUCUUUGAAUCUGUCUGACAGCCGUCUUACUCAUUUGCGGUCCAUGUUGACAGGCAAGUUUGUCAAUUCAGGGCAUGAUUGAAAACCUGACUAUAUAAUCGCAUAUUUUAUGAUUGUUGGCAAAAAAGAAUUCUGAUUGAUCUGCUUCACAUUCUGACUGUCCCACCCUCCUACAGACAAGCACAGGAACAGAUGUUUUUAUACCACACAGCACUAUGGUUCCUUAUCUGUUUGACAGUUUUAACAGCAUUAGGAAAGAGCACAGUAACACAGUGUUGUUAUUUAUCGUCCAACAUGAUGACAAUGCUAUUCCACUACGAUUCUGUGCUAUUGGUAACAAUUGACACCAAAUAGGCUGUGUGUCUGUUCCCUCGCUGGUUUACCGUCUUUACAACAACUGCCAUUUAUCCGUACAUGCAUACAAGUCUCAUGUUAUAGUUAAGUAUUUUUACUCCUUUUUGAAAAUAACUUCUUGAUAACACUUGGUAACACUAUUGAUUUUGCUACACAGUGAGUGUGGUGCAGUACUUCUUACAGCUGCUGGUGUGAUUUUUUUUUUUUUUUU